AUGGCCGCCACAACAAACAGCAACUCCAAGUUCUUUGUGCCGGAGCUGACGCAGGAGGACGUUCCGGGGGGCGCGUGCUGCGUGGAUGAGACAACGUUUGCCACACUCUUCCCGUCCUACUUGGAGACCUAUAUCAAGAGCAUCUGGCCUGCAGUGGAGGAGUUGCUCGGGCAGCAUCAGCUCGUCGGCAAGCUCGACCUGCUGGAGGGCAGCAUGACGGUGGCGACGACCCGCCGCACUUGGGAUCCGUACGCGAUCAUCGACGCCCGCGACUUCAUCAAGCUGCUCGCCCGUAACGUUCCUCUUGCCCAGGCGCAGAAGAUCUUUCAGGCCGACAUCACGUGCGAUAUUAUCAACAUCUCCGUCAAGGGCGGCAGCGUGCGGCGAUUUGUGAAGCGACGCGAUCGCUUGAUUGGGCCCAAGGCGCAGACCCUCAAAGCACUAGAAAUUCUAACCGGAUGCUACGUCCUCGUGCAGGGUAAAACGGUUGCGGUGAUGGGCCCCGUGAAGGGGACGCAGAUGGUCCGGAGCAUCGUCGAGGACUGCAUGAAUAACAUUCACCCCAUCUACGGCCUGAAGCAGCUGCUAAUCAAGCGCGAGCUGGCCAAGCGCGAGGACAUGAAGCACGAGGACUGGUCGCGUUUCAUUCCCGUCUACAAGAAGACGCAGCCGAACAAGGAGAAACAGAAGGCCGUGCGCAAGAUGAAGAAGGAGAGGAUGAAGGAAUCGAAACGGAAGCAGGCCGGCAAAGAGAAGACCAUCUUCCCACCGGCCCCACCACGGCGUCUGGAGGAUAUCGCGAUGGAAAGUGGCCAGGCCUUCCUCGCCCCGCGUCAGCGCCGCCACAAGGACGAGUUAGAGCUGCAAAGUGCUGCAUCGGCAUCCCCGCCGGCCUCCGCGCGCACCAACAAGAACAAGGGCAGUAGCAGCAAGAAGGAUACGACGGCUUCCAAGAUCCAAAAGUGA